CCUGGGUCGUUAAUACUUGCAAAGUCUAAUUGUAAAUCUUAUAACGCAAGUAUUACCGAGCGAAUGGCUGCAUACUUUAAUGUAUUUUCAAAAUCAUAUUUUAAUUGAGUAUUAACACUUAACAUUGCCAAUAGUAUUUCUAUAGGCGAAUAGAUAAGAUAUAGAUAAAUUCAAAGAUAAUUUCUUUAAAUUCCCAAAUUUAUAUAUUAAUUAGCAUAUGUAUUAAUUAUAUUUAUUAUUCUUUAUGCAUCGUGAAGCAAAUGCGUACCGACGUCGCAUCUAGCACGCAUAUAGCACGAAAUAUUCCUGAUAUUUUCAACUAAUCUACGAGGGGUGUGCUUCUUGUCAAAAAGACCACGAUGAUUUCGAAGACAGUGAUUAUCGUCGCAAAUAAUUUUUUAUUUCUACAUUGAAUAUCGAAUUUUUUUUUGUCACAGAUUUCUAUUCUUAUUGUAUUUUGUUAUUACAAUUCUAUUUCUACUGCCUGUUAUAUAAAUUCGACCUGUCGGUAAAACAGGCAUCUACUUUGGAAUGUAGAGUAGAGUUUACUGAUCGACGAUAAAGUAGAUUUUUGUUUUAUUGAGAAAACAGAAGUGGGACAAUAUUAGUUUCCUGGUUUAUCGGCUUUGGGUAUUGUAGGCAUUUAAGUUUUCUAUGUUUCCGUUUGAGAAAUGUUUGGUCAUAGUAGAUUUCUUUUUUUCUCACUGUCGGUAAUAGUAAAUUCUUGUUUUAGUGACCUAGGAAAAUAUACUUUGACAAUUAAUUUCCGUCUACAUACCGACGACUAAAUGUCAAAAUUCUCUUUUAAUAUAGGUGUUAAGGUUAAAUAAUUUAUUCUUUUGAUAAUUUUAUAAUAUUUGAAACAAUAUAUAAGUACAUGAAGCAUACUAUUCUUUUGUUUAAACAAUGUACAUUCUUAAAGAUUACACGAUAUUACAUUUUUUUGAUUAAAUAUUAUACUUUCGACUUAUUUUCAUAUCCAUAUCUCAAAUCCACAUAUUUCAGAAUUCAAGAUAUUCAUCGGUUAUUUUCUGUCCACUAUUGUUGCUAUUAUCUUUUAUACUUAUAUUAUAUUUUAUAUAUUAUCUAUUCCAUUGCAAGAAAUAUCGAGCUAAUGGUUGAUUAAAUAUCCUUUAGCUAUUUAAUUAAGUUUGAUUAGAAAGGAAAGAUUUAAAAUUUGUACAAUUAAACGAACACUUAUCAAUUAAUCUAUUCUUAUAUUUUUUCACUUUUGUUAUAUGCACUAUUAUUUUAACUACAUACAAAUUUUCUCUUUCGUACUAACUUCAAUUGUUAGUUUAUUCGUGGAAGUUUCAUAAUCUACACUAAUGCAAUAGUCGAUAAAGUAUUUUCUUUAUCACGCAUGUAAUUCUUAUUUUGUGCGUAUCUGUCUCUGAAGUCAUACAUGCAUCAAGCUAAAGAUGGUGAACAGCACCAACAUGGUGAACAGUUGACAUAAAAUUAUGACGUGUAUUUGAACUAUGAUUAUUUGCAAGUUCAAAGAUAAAAUGAAUUUUUUAAUGUAUAUAAUAUUUUUAUACAUAAGUAGUAUAAAGUGUAGUGCAAGUAUAAAAAAUGGAUUAGGAUGUAGAGACAAUGAAAAUAGGUUUGUUGAUUGGUAUGUGUUAUAUAAAAUUCCAAAGUUAUCACACAGCAGUAAUCCUUUAAUAAGAAAUGGAUCUGCCUACAUGUAUAUAACAAGUGAUACUGUACUACAUAGCGAUUGGAAUUUGUCUGUUAAAGGUAUAGAAAAUAAAACUUCUAUACCAGGAAAUACAUUAGCUUCAUUGUACGAUAAUGGUAUAGCAGAAAAUAUAUUAUCGAUUUUAUAUAAUGACGAUCCACCGGAUGGUAAGGUAAUUGGAAAAUAUGGUCAUGCAAAAGGUAUAGUAGCAGCUGAUCAUGAACAAGGAUUCUGGAUGAUACACAGUGUUCCACAUUUUCCACCAAUACCUAACAUUAUGAGCUCACAGCAUAAAAAUAAAAAUAAUAAUUUGAUAAUAGAUGCUCUUCCAUCUAAUUCUGAGUAUAGUUAUCCAAAAUCAGGACAUGUUCGUGGACAAAGUUUUUUAUGUAUUUCUUUGAAAGCUGAUCAAUUGGAUAUAGUUGGUCGUCAAUUAAUUUACAAUCAAAUUAUAGUUUAUGGAAAGAAUCUUCCAAAUGUAUUAAGCAAUCAAUAUCCUACUCUUACGGAUGCUGCUAAUCAGAUUCACAUUAAAAAUCCACCGUACAAGAACAAAGAGAUAAUAAAGUCAUCAGCUUCAUUGGAAUUUGUGUCUUUUGCUAAAUCCAGUAAAUGGCAACAAGAUCUUUACAGCGAUUUUGUGGCUCCGCAAUUGAAAAGCAACUUAUUUGUAGAAUCGUAUUUAAAUGGACCAGGUAAAUUAAAUUCCAACUGCCAUGGUUUAGAGGUGCAUAAUGUUAAAUCAGUGAAACUGCAAGCAGCAAAUAUUCAGUUUGAAAGUACACAGGAUCAUUCUAAAUGGGUUGUAACAAUGAAUAAUAAAAAGAAUAAGUCUUGGGUUUGCAUUGGAGACAUCAAUAGGGCUAAUACUCAGUACAAGCGUGGCGGUGGGACAGUUUGUCUAAAUUUGUUUUAUCUUUGGAAGAAUUAUCGUGACUCUGUUAAUGAUAUAGAGCCGUGUCCUAAACGCACUAUAAGUGACAAAAUUAAGUCUUUAUUUGGAUGAUCUGGAAGUAUUGCAUUUUAUAUUUUUAAUAAAAUAUUAACAUUAAUAACAUUGCUAAUAAUAUACUCAAGGUAUAGUAUUAUUGUCGAUAAAGUUGUACUCUAUUUUUAUAAACUGUAAUUAAAGUAAUUAUCAUACGUAGGUUAAACUCUACUGAUAAAUACUCAUAUGGUAAAGCAGUUUUCUAACAGAUAAAAAUCAAUUUUUUUUAUAUAAUACUUUAGUUUAUGUUUAGUUUUGAAAAAUAAAACUAUAAUUAUAUAAUGUAAUAAAACAUUCACAUCAUGGAAACAAAAUUCAUCAGUGUUUUUGUUAAUUUUGUACAGCUAUUAAAAUAUUUAAUUCUUAUUUGGUAUUUAUUUGCAAAGAGGAGAUAGAUGUGAAUCGGAUGUAUAUGCUCAUUAUUCAAAUUAUAUGAAACUCGAAUGAUGUACAUUAGAGUACGUACCAGCACUAAACCUGCAUCGUAUUCGUCGUAUUUGGAAUAUACAUCUACUACAAAAUAUGAUGUGAAGCCCUCUACGCUACUUUAAUAUUGCCUAAUACGUAUUCAUGUCAUACAUUCAUGAGAACGUCCAGUAUUAUCCUUUCACUUGUAAACGAAAUUACGUCACGUUACUGGGGCAAAAUUAAAAUGGAUACAAUAUUGUAUUUUUA